UUUUUUGCUCCCCCACCAGUUUUUUUUAUUUCUGAAGCUUCGGCCAGACUAAGACCUAAAACAUAAAAAUUCAGUGAAAAAGCGAUAAUAAUUUAUUGUUUGUUGGUUGAAAGAGUUUUCUGGGGGAGAAGUCGUGUUGGAAUUGACGGGAGAGUUGUUUUUUCGGAGUGAAGUAAGAGAUUUUGGGGUUAAAACAGGCGAUUUUGUGCUCCUAACCUCAAAAACUGGGGUUGUUGUUGUUUUUUGGAGUAAAAACUGAGGUUUUGUGGUGUUUUGGUGGGUGAAAAUAGUCGAAAUGUCUGUGAAUACUAAUUGGGAUGUGGAGAAGCACAGGGUUGAGCACGAGUGCGACGAGCACUGGGAGUUGAGGAGAAAUUUCCUCGAGACACAUAAGGACAAAUUUCCGGAGGAUGAACUCGUCUGUUUGGCUCAGGUUUUCACGAAUGUGGAAUUAUUAGGGUGCAGAUAUCCAAAAGAAACGAUGAAUCUGAUAGCAGAAUUAUCCGCGGAUGUUGCUAGGGAUUACCGAGCAAGACAGAAAACAAAACUACAAAGGACUUUUGUAAAAGCGUCUGACGCUGCCAGCUCGAAGAUCAAAGGACUCAGAGGCCCCCAGCACUCUCCAUCCACUGGGUCUACCACCUCCCACUCCCUAGAACCACCGACUGAAGACACUGGACAGAGGCCCAGCAAAAGGCCGAGACUUGACAAUGAAAAGCCGUUUGGAGAUUUAGUUUUAGUGCAGUAUCCGCAGUCUGCUGCCGCUGAUGUUAUUGAACGCUCUGCGGCUGUUAGUGGAAUGAAAGUUGAAUGGAAGCACGAAAUUGAUAAGCAGGAUUCGAGCACCUAUCGAUGUCACAUACUCUUCGGUGAAAAGAAGCUGAUUGAAGCCCAGGGAACCUCCAAGAAGUUGGCCAAGGCAGAAGCCGCCAAGAGAGGUCUAGAAAUUCUCCGAAAGUAUUAUUACUUGAUUGAGAUCAAGCAGCAGUGGGCGCAGAAUUUAAACUCCAACACAGAUUUCAGCGAGAAGUUGAAUGGAACGAAAAAACCUGAUGAACGCAGUAAAGAGUGCCUUGGCCAGGACAAUGUCGGUGCCAAACUCAUGAAGCUUAUGGGAUGGGCUGGUGGGGGCCUCGGGAAAUCACAACAGGGAAUCACUGAACCUAUCGCAGUACCUAGGAAAAUAUCAAGAAGAGGAUUUGGUGUGACGUUAAACCAGAGCAAUAGAAUACACUUCAAAACGAAAUUCAGAGAGACUCUUCAGCAGUACAUCAGGGACGGUGCAAAGGAUGAUCUAGUAUUCUGUGAUUUCGAUAACGAUGAGAGAGCCCUGAUGCACCAGAUCGCUAGGAAUUUCGGCUUGAAGUCCCACAGUCGUGGGGGCAAAGACCAGAGGACACUUCUCAUCUCUCGGAAGAUCAAUCCAAAGGAUCUUUUGGACGAACUCCUGGAGAUCGGUGGGAGCACUGGGAAAUAUGAGCUGAAGGCUCCCACUGGCUAAUGAAUACAUCAAUUUUCAUUCCUUUCUUCGAAAUUUGAGAACUAUUUUUUGGUGAAGAAACUAAAAUCAACAAUUGGCACUUCAUUUUCUCUUUCAAAAUUUAUUCUCAUUUAUUCAUUGAGAAUAGAAUUUUUUUCUCAUUCGAAAUAUCGAACUUCAUCAUUUUAAUUUUGAGAACUAUUUUUUGGUGAAGAAACUGAAAUCAACGAAUGGCAGUUCAUUUUUUCCUCUUUAUUUUCUAAAAUUACAAAUUAUUGUUCAGUUAUUCGUUAAGAAUUCUUUUCUUUUUUCAAUUGCAGUAGCAAAUUUCACAAUUCUGGGCUAAAGUAGAGGGAGAAAUGUACAAAAUUUCGGAAGAGACACAAUAAAAUAUGCCUUCCGACUAUAAAAUCCUUAAAUUCAGAACUUUUUAUGUACAAUUAUGGUGGAUUCUGCUGGGGUAGCUUACAUGGAAUGUAUCAUGCGUGAAUUAAAUUAAAACAUUGAC